CAGUUUUUGAAAUUUCAGUUUUUCAGUCAGUUUUUUCAACACAAACUGACAAUCAAAAUUCAAUUUUACAAUUUUUAUAUUAUAUUUCUAUGCCUUCAAAAGCGAAAUAUACAAUUUCCAAAUCAUGCACAUGUUCAUACUGCUCCCAUUCCGUCUACGGAAUUAAAUUAUUGUUGGUGUUGUUAAUCGCAUUCGGAAUUGUCCUUGUCUGGCAUCAAAAUGCUUGCGAAGUCUAUUGCUAACUUGUUCAGAACCGAUGUCAAUCUAUACUGGAGGAGAUUUCAAACAACUUUUAACGUUACAAAUUAUGAGUAUCACUUGCUUGACGCUGCAAAAGGAGUCAAAUUAGAUUGUACCAUCAGCAGAGAGGAAGGACUUGCAUGGUAUACAGACAUGGCGAAUAUUCGACGUGCAGAGCACUCAAUAUCGCAUCUUUAUCAAGCAAAAAUGGUCCGGGGUUUUUGUCACUUGUGUACUGGUCAAGAAGCAAUAGCAGUAGGUAUUUAUAAUUGCUUACGGCCACAGGACGACGUUAUCACUUCUUAUCGCGCACAUGGCUAUGCGUACCUCAUGGGCGGUAAAAAUCUAGAACCACUCAUCGCGGAACUAAUUGGGGCGAAAACAGGAUUUUCCAAAGGUAAAGGAGGUUCUGUUCAUAUUUAUACGGAUCGCUUCUAUGGUGGUAAUGGAAUUGUUGGUGCCCAGAUUGCAUUGGGUACCGGAUUAGCCUUUGCACAUCAAUACAAAAACGACAAUGGUGUUACCUUUACCAUUUACGGGGACGGCGCGGCAAAUCAAGGACAAGCAUAUGAAUCCUACAACAUGGCGAAACUCUGGAACUUGCCAGUUAUUUACGUCGUGGAAAAUAAUAUGUAUAGUAUGGGCACGUCUGUAGAACGCAGCUCAGCAAACCCAAAUUAUUUCAAUACAUGCGUUUAUAUUCCUGGCAUAUUGAUCGACGGAAUGGAUAUUUUCGCUGUUAAAAACGCAGUUGAGUUCGCCAUCAAAUUUGCAUCCGAAGGCAACGGUCCGAUAAUUCUCGAAAUGCGCACUUAUCGAUACUUCGGUCAUUCAAUGUCUGAUCCCGGUAGCACUUAUCGUACUCGAGAUGAAGUUGCACACACACGCAAAACACGAGAUCCGAUGCUAAAGCUUAGACAGAUGCUUGUUGGUGCAAAUUUAACCACCAACGAAGAACUCAAUGAUAUCAAAAAAAGAAUUGCUGAAGAACAGAAACCUAUCGUAGAUAAAGUAAAAACACAUGGCCCGCUUGGUUUGGAGCAUGUAUCUGCUGAUGUACUAAAGAAAAGCCUACAGGAUAAUAUACGCGGUGUUACAAUCCUAAAACCAUUCAAACAUCAAAACUUUCCUCCGACAAAAUGCUGAAUUUAUAUAUUAUUCAAAGAAAAAAAUAAGUACGGCAUAUGUAAGGUUGCAAAUCGUCAUAUUCGCGUGUAUAUCUGUAAUAAAUUGUGAAAUUAUUUAAUUUGUGCUCUGGCAUUAAGUUACAGAUACGUUUAAACAGCAAUAUGUUGACAUAUCGAUCACAAUGAAUUGUUCUUGAGUAUAAUAUCAUCAUAACAUCAGUAUUACGACACACCUACCGACACUUAUGUAUUUACAAAGUCUACAAAUACGUAAAACAUAAAAAAUUGUGCAUAUAUACGUAGAUAUCAUAAAUAUUAUAUAUAAAUAUCAAUUUGUAAUACUAUCUAAUCAUGUAUCAGUUAAAUAUUCGAAUCUAUUCAUCUUACGCACUAGGAACUACGUAAUAAAAUGUCAUUUAUGGUUGAA